AUGUCCGAGACUACUAGUAAUAAUACUACUACUUCUAAUACUGAAACAGUUAAGAAAAACCCAUAUGCAUCCCACGCUGCUGAUUUCCUAUCCAAUGUCAAUAAUUUUCAAUUGAUUGAUUCUACAUUGAGAGAAGGUGAACAGUUUGCUAAUGCUUUCUUUGACACUGAAAAAAAAAUUGAAAUUGCUAAAGCUUUAGAUGAUUUUGGUGUUGAUUAUAUUGAAUUAACUUCUCCUGUUGCUUCUGAACAAUCUCGUAAGGAUUGUGAAGCUAUUUGUAAAUUAGGUUUAAAGGCAAAAAUUUUAACUCAUAUUAGAUGUCAUAUGGAUGAUGCUAGAGUUGCGGUAGAGACUGGUGUUGAUGGUGUCGAUGUUGUCAUUGGUACUUCUAAAUUUUUAAGACAAUAUUCUCAUGGUAAAGAUAUGAAUUAUAUCGCAAAGAGUGCUGUCGAGGUUAUAGAAUUCGUUAAAUCAAAAGGUAUUGAAAUUAGAUUUUCUUCCGAAGAUUCCUUUAGAAGUGAUCUAGUCGAUCUAUUAAAUAUAUAUAAGACUGUGGAUAAGAUUGGUGUUAACAGAAUUGGUAUUGCUGAUACUGUUGGUUGUGCUAAUCCAAGACAAGUUUAUGAAUUGGUUAGAACUUUAAGAAGUGUUGUUUCUUGUGAUAUUGAGUGUCAUUUACAUAAUGAUACGGGUUGUGCCAUUGCAAAUGCUUAUUGUGCAUUAGAAGGUGGCGCCAAAUUAAUUGAUGUUUGUGUUUUAGGUAUUGGUGAAAGAAAUGGUAUUACCCCAUUGGGUGGUUUAAUGGCUCGGAUGAUUGUUGCUGCACCAGAAUAUGUCAAAUCUAAGUAUAAGUUACACAAGAUCAGAGACAUUGAAAAUUUAGUCUCUGAAGCUGUUGAAGUUAACAUUCCAUUCAAUAAUCCAAUUACUGGAUUUUGCGCUUUCACUCAUAAAGCAGGUAUUCAUGCCAAGGCUAUCCUUGCAAAUCCAUCUACAUAUGAAAUUCUAGAUCCACAAGAUUUUGGUAUGAAGAGAUAUAUUCAUUUUGCUAACAGGUUGACAGGUUGGAAUGCAAUUAAAUCAAGAGUAGACCAAUUGAAUUUAAGUCUGACAGAUGAUCAAGUCAAAGAAGUUACUGCUAAGAUUAAGAAGAUGGGUGAUAUCAGACCUUUAAAUAUUGAUGACGUAGAUUCUAUUAUUAAAGAUUUCCAUCAAGAAGUUACAACACCAAUGCUGAGAGGAAAAGCUUUAGCUACCUCUCCAAGUCAGUCAUCUUUAAAACUUGACAGUGAACCACCAGCUAAGAAAGCCAAGACAUCGUCAGACUAA